AUGCAUCAAAAUGAGUGCUACAUAUGUGGUCGAAAUAAUGUGAAGCUCGGUGUAGUUGCACAAAAGGCUGAGCUCAAUACGGUGAUGUCACCAUCGAACUGUUUCCCAUCAUUACUAUUAACACUAGUAUCCACUGUAAAUCUUGUAAACACUCAAGCAAAUUGUAAUAACGCACCCACGGAAGCACUUCGGAUAAUUUGUGGUCAAAUCGCUAACUGGGAUGCUAACGCUAAGACUGUUGCUACGCCCUCUAAUCAGACUGGACAAGACCAGUCACCAGGAGCCGAUGCUGGCUUAGGUGGUGCAUCAGCGAUUAGUGCUUCGGCAGCUCCUACUAAUGCUUACGAAUGCAUGGAUAUCGCAUGCCUUUGCGGAUUCUUCGGAGGUAGUGGCGGAUCGAACUGUGUACUGAGAAAUGGACAACGACUCGGAAAAGCGCUCCGGAAAGAGUAUCGUGUGAUGACAGAUGUAGAAAGAAGAAGGUACCACACAGCUAUGAGGAGAAUUAAAAGAAAUGGCGACUAUGACAAACUUUCAAGAAUUUACUCAUCCUUCACUACAUCGCCGGGAGCUCAUUCUGGACCAGCAUUUUUGCCAUGGCAUCGAGAGUUCAUCAAAAGGCUGGAAAUUGCACUUCGUCGAGUUGAUCCAACUAUAGCGUUGCCGUACUGGGACUCAACACUUGACAGCACAUUGCCAAAUCCUCGAGAUUCGUCAAUGUUUACAAAUGAACUCAUGGGUCGACAAGGACCGGACGGCUCCAUACAAACAGGUGCAUUCAGAGGAUGGCGCACCGCAGACGGUUCAAAAGUUCUUCGUAGAAAUCUUGGCGCAGCAGGUACUCUUUUGCAACAAUCUGAUAUCGAUGCUGCAAUGGCGACCACCGAUUUUCGACAAGUUCUCGCUUACACAGCUCCUAGUCCGGGUUGCCCUAAUCCUGCCGCAUGGACCGCAUUAGAAUACUCUCUUGGAAAUCCUCGUAUCUACGUAGGAGGUGACAUGUUCCAACCAAUCACAUCCACGAAUGACCCGAUUUUCUGGAAUCAUCACUCGUUUGUCGACUUGGUCUGGGAAAAUUGGAGGGUCAUUCGCCAGUCUCGAGCAGCACGCGAAACUCAAUAUCCACCAAAUAAUCCGUCGUGCAGCAGUGCCGCACAUUACGGUGAUAACACAAUGCAACCGUUCUUCCCAAUGGUUAACAAAGAUGGAUUGUCAAAUGCAUAUACUGACAACCUCUACAGUUACGCUCCACGACCAACCUGCUCAGCAGCGAAUCCAUCAGGUUGCGGUUCAAGAUUCCUCUUCUGCGACUUAUCUCACGGUGCACCGCGAUGUGCAGCAAAAAUCGCGGUGAAUGGAAAUUGUGGAGGAUAUGCUAGAAAUGAAGACAGAUGCUACCUUAGCGUUUGUAAAGGGAACAGAUGCUUACAAGUUCAGAAAAGAAAUUCUCUUACUCUGCAGACACCAACACCGGUCACUCGACCACCAAUCACGAAUACUGCACCAGCUGGUCCUGCCCAAAAGACCUUCUUUAACCCCUUGCGACGACGUUGGGCUGACCGGACACUAACCACCUACAAUCACAACGCUGAGUGCAAGGAUACUGAGGAAAACUGCUGCAUAUGGGCGCGCAAAGGCCACUGCACCGAUGCGCAAUAUGCAGCGUAUAUGCUAAAAAAUUGUUCCAGAGCUUGUGGACAAUGCGGCAACACGAAGGAAGGAGAUUGUAGACCAAACCCAGACUGCAAGAACCUUGACGAACACUGCUGCAUAUGGGCGGGCAAAGGCUAUUGCACCGAUGCGGACUAUGCAGCGUAUAUGCUCAAGAAUUGUUCCAGAGCUUGUGGACAAUGCGGCAACACGAAGGAAGGAGAUUGUAGACCAAACCCAGAGUGCAAGGAUUUUCACAAGCCCUGCUGCUUAUGGGCAUCCAAUUACCAUUGUACCAGUCCGGACUAUGGGGUGUUUAUGCUCAAGAAUUGUUCCAGAGCUUGUGGACAAUGCGGCAACACGAAGGAAGGAGAUUGUAGACCAAAACCAGACUGCAAGGACCUUGACGAACACUGCUGCGCAUGGGCGGACAAAGGCUAUUGCACCGAUGAGCGCUAUGCAGCGUAUAUGCUCAAGAAUUGUUCCAGAGCUUGUGGACAAUGCGGCUACACGAAGGAAGGAGAUUGUAGACCAAAACCAGACUGCAAGGAUACUGACGAAAACUGCUGCGAAUGGGCAGACAAAGGCUAUUGCACCGAUGAGAGCUAUGCAGCGUAUAUGCUCAAGAAUUGUUCCAGAGCUUGUGGACAAUGCGGCUACAAGAAGGAAGGAGAUUGUAGACCAAAACCAGAGUGCAAGGAUACUGACGAAAACUGCUGCGAAUGGGCGCGCGAAGGCCACUGCACCGAUGCGCGAUAUGCAGCGUAUAUGCUCAAGAAUUGUUCCAGAGCUUGUGGACAAUGCGGCUACAGGAAGGAAGGAGAUUGUAGACCAAAAUCAGAGUGCAAGGAUACUGACGAAAACUGCUGCGAAUGGGCGCGCGAAGGCCACUGCACCGAUGCGCGCUAUGCAGCGUAUAUGCUCAAGAAUUGUUCCAGAGCUUGUGGACAAUGCGGCAACACGAAGGAAGGAGAUUGUAGACCAAACCCAGACUGCAAGAACCUUGACGAACACUGCUGCAUAUGGGCGGGCAAAGGCUAUUGCACCGAUGCGGACUAUGCAGCGUAUAUGCUCAAGAAUUGUUCCAGAGCUUGUGGACAAUGCGGCAACACGAAGGAAGGAGAUUGUAGACCAAACCCAGACUGCAAGGAUCUUGACGACAACUGCUGCAUAUGGGCGCGCAAAGGCUAUUGCACCGAUGCGGACUAUGCAGCGUAUAUGCUCAAGAAUUGUUCCAGAGCUUGUGGACAAUGCGGCAACACGAAGGAAGGAGAUUGUAGACCAAACCCAGACUGCAAGGAUCUUGACGACAACUGCUGCAUAUGGGCGCGCAAAGGCUAUUGCACCGAUGCGGACUAUGCAGCGUAUAUGCUCAAGAAUUGUUCCAGAGCUUGUGGACAAUGCGGCAACACGAAGGAAGGAGAUUGUAGACCAAACCCAGACUGCAAGGAUCUUGACGACAACUGCUGCAUAUGGGCGCGCAAAGGCUAUUGCACCGAUGCGGACUAUGCAGCGUAUAUGCUCAAGAAUUGUUCCAGAGCUUGUGGACAAUGCGGCAACACGAAGGAAGGAGAUUGUAGACCAAACCCAGGGUGUUCAAAUCGUCACACAAUGUGUUGUUUUUGGGCAUCCAAUGGCCAAUGUUCCAAGAGGCCACGGUUUCUGCUGGUGAUUUGUAGUCAAGCUUGUGGGGUAUGCAGCAACACAAUGGGACAAGUAUGUAUAAGAGAAACAGAUCACGAAUAUGGGCAGGAUCAUGCUCAAUUCUCAGCUAAUUAUACCGAAAAAAAUGACAUGAGUCACGGUGUUGUCGCAUCGAAUUCGUCUGCGAAGCACUCUGUGGAGACGUAUUCUGCGGACACCGUCGUCGUAUUUCCCGGAACCGACGUCCUGUAUCGAGAUUCGUUGCCAGUCCGCAUAGACUUCAACUACGGAGACAAUUGUCACCGGUCUCACUGGCGAAAGGACCUUCGACGCAGAUCUCGUCGGCUCAAGCAUUUGCAACAGGUCGCUCCCUAUUGCCAAGGACAAAGGACAACCUCACUAAAUGGCACCGUCAACGACGAAGAGGACCACGAAAGCCAUCUGGAAUGGCUGUGUUCGCCAACUGACUUCAUCUUCUUUCCGAAUAAAUUCGUUGAUGAACCACAGCAUAUCGCGAUUCUUAAACUCGUCUCUGCCGAACGGAAACAAUCACAUUUCACCGCCAUAAUUGAUCGUGGGAAAAAAGAAACUUAUUUUUUUCUGGUUAUGGAGUUAGUUGGGAAAAGUUUGUCAGAUCUCAAGUCAAAACGUCCCUUGAAGGUAUUCUCUCCAUCGAUUGGUAUGGGCGUUGGUAUCCAGUGUUUAGAAGCAUGUGAAGAUUUGCAUAAAUAUGGAUUCAUACAUCGAGAUUUAAAACCUGCUAACUAUGCAUGUGGUUUAGGAAAGAGGCAAAGAGUGAUUUGCAUACUUGAUUUUGGAAUCGCACGGAAGAUUCUAAACGAGAAAGGAGAAUUGAAAACGCCAAGACAAACAGUUCGAUUCAAGAUUCAUGCUAAGCUAAAUAAACAACAAUGCUUUGAAACUCUAAAACUUAAAUCGAUAAGUGACAAGAACGAAGUACUCAAAGUUAAGGAGCAGCUACGGAAUGAAAAACAGGAUAGUGCGUUUUCUUCCAUGAAAUGCAAAGAAGAGCUCAUUAAAGUGCUUACUUAUAUUGACAGUCUUAAAUAUUUUGAUCAUGUUGACUAUGAGUUUAUAUACAAAAUGUUGACACAGGCUGCAAAAACAGAAGGUGGAGAUAUUAACGAUCCUUAUGAUUGGGAACGAUCAUCAGCAACGUCAACUGCUGGAACAACUGCAAAAUCGAAGUCUUUGUUAGCAUCGCACUGA